AUGUCUGGUGAAAACCAAAACGAUGAAAGACUUAGUUCAGCAAAAGAGCGUUACAUUAGUGAAGUAUACAAUGUCACACUAGACAUUGCUAUCAAUAAGAUUGAAGACCGAUACUGCAAUUCAGAAAAUAUUUUUAAUGAUAUAUUUUUUUUUUCUCCUGAACAUUUGCAAAACCAAACCACAGCUAUACCUAAUUCAUUUGACUACAUCUGUAAUUGGUUAUCAGCAUUUAAAAUUGAUAAAGAAAAUUUAACUACCGAAUACCGUUUAUUUGCUUCAAAUUUUAACAAUUUAAUGAAAGAUAGCCCUGAAAAUAUCGAUGAAAAAUGUGCAUUAUCUGUAAUUUCUUAUGAAAGCAGUGAAAAUGACUCAGAAACUUCAGGUGAAGACAACUUUGGAGACUUGCUGCAAGUAUCAAAUAUAUUGCAAAACUUAAGUAAAAUGGGCAUGGCAUCAGCAUUUCCUAAUUUAAGUAUGGCUUACAAAGCGAUUUGUACAUUGCCUCCAACAUCCGCUAGUGCUGAACGUUGUUUUUCUAAAUUAAAAUUAAUAAAAACUAACUUACGUUCAACUAUGAGUGAGGCGAGACUAGAUCAUCUCAUGGUAAUAUCGUGCAACCCAGACAUUGAUAUAAAUAUGGACGAUGCACUUGAUAAGUUUGGAUCAAGAUCUAAUCUACUGAGGUCAAAUCUAUUGUACCAAUAA